AUGGGUCGGAGAUGGGUGGUGGUGCAGGGGAUUGAUGGUCGUGUGGCAGAGGAUGCAGGGGAGGCGGCAGGGAGAGUUGUCACCGGCGGGGACGGCGGCGGUGGGAUGAGGUGGUGCGUUUGUUCGCCGACGACGCACCCGGGGUCGUUCCGGUGCAGGUAUCAUCGAGCUGGUUAUGUAUGGGGCGCUGCCGCCGGCGCGGCGGCCAGCAGAUCAAUGGUGGCUACUACCACUGCAGAAGCAUGCAGAUGA